AUAGCCGGCCACCAACGCCGUGACAACCGACAGCUGAUCAAGUGUCCACAAGAUAGACUAGAGGAGGAGACAAGUGAUUGUGGACGGAAAGGUCUUAUUUGAAACAAUUACGCCUCUAAGUUGAACCUGACAAGCUUAGAUGUUAGCCCGUUGACGAUAGGCGUAGGUUUAGUUAAAUGUGACUUUUAGCGUGAGCGGCCGUUCUGUCUUCAAAUUAGCAUCCUUGGUGUUUUUAGCCGUUAGCUCCUGGCCCCAAAGUAUCCCCUUCCCUCGUCCCCCACAGCUAAACGAGGAUGAAUUUGUCCCAGAACACCAGUCUGCGACCGGAGGAGGCUCUGGUGGUGGAGAAAGCCAUCCGGCUGGCGAUCGACUCCGUGGUCAACGUUCUGUACGGCGUCAACAGCGGCCGCAGUCGCGAGUACCAACGGAUGGUGGCCGACAGGGACAAAGAGAUCGCCAGGCUGCAGCGGGAGGUGCAGGCGCUCCGUCGGCGGGGAUGCGCCCCGUGCACGCCGCUCGAUCGGGUGACCCCUGACCGGUGCCCGGACUCCGGGGAGCACAAGGGCAACGGCGGUGGGGGCGCAGAGGUGGACUCCGAGCAGCAGCCGUGUGAACUCAGUUUCUCCUUGGGUCUCUUUGACAGCCCUCAGUCCCACAUCCCCUCCCUGACACUCCCCUCACCCCCUCGCAGCCAAAUGCACCCGGUUGGCACUUUGGAAGCGGGCAGCGUCGCCGUCAAAGAGGAACCGUGCAAUGUGGACGCCGUCCUUGUCAAGUGGGAGCUGAGCGAAGAAAGGUUGCGGGAACAGCCCGAGCCAACCGCCCCUUCUUGUUGGGACGCAGAAUUGGAGCUCAGAGAAGUGAUGACCUGUGAAGAAGCAGACGGACUAGCGCAUGUCGCAGAAGCGGAGCAACUGAGGAGCAAGAAGAAGCGCGUCCCCACGGCAGAGCUGCCCGAGGAUGCCCAGCAGCAGAAGCGCGCCGCCUGGCGAGCCGCCUCCAGACGCUACUACGCCCGCAAGGUGGCCCGCCAGCAGACCGGCCCCCUGUCGCGCCCCGCCCACCACACGGCGCCCUCCUCCCACUACCUCCCCCGCAGCCCUUUGGCCACAGGCAACAGGAAGCGGACGCCCAUUUCCGCCCUGCCCAACGACUCGCAGGCUCAGCAGAGGGAGGCGUGGCGAGCCUCCUCCAGGAGGUACUACGCCAGGAAAAGGGCGCAACAGCACCACCACGGCGGACACCCGCGAUACCGCCACCGCGAGCCGCCGGGGGACGACAGGGAGGGACUGGAGGGAGUUUUGUGUAGUUCGUGAUAAAGAACACCAGGACAUGUUGGUGGUCGUUCACUCAUUCUCCACCCCGCCCGUCACCAAUGCACAGAUUGAUUCAUUUUCAUUAGUCUCCGCUGGCAAAUGCACAAAUACUGUAUAUCAUGCCUCAUUCCAAUCAACUUUUGCUAAUUGAAAUGAGGAAAUGCCCUUGUUCUGUUCCAUCCUCCAAAUAUCUCAAAACAUUUCUAUGUGUUUGUUUGAUAAGGAAGUAGCACUCUAUAAUGUUAUACUUUAUCAAACGUACGAUUAAACAAAAUGGGGAGACUUAAA